CUUGUUUGGGCCACUUCUUACCUCAUUGGCUGUGGUGUUGCAGUGUGCCGACAACAAAGGAUAUUUAACUAUCUCUACAUCUGUCACUAUUGUCAUGAGGGAAACGAUCCUGAGACAAUUUAUUUGCCUUAUAAGGAGGGCUCCCCUUGUGGAAACUGUCCAAAUCACUGUGAUGAUAAACUUUGUACUAACCCAUGCCUCUUCUUUGAUGAACGCACCAACUGUGAGAUACAAGUAAAGCAUCUUGGAUGCAGCCACCCAUCAGUUCAAUUAUUCUGCAAAGCUUAUUGUAACUGUGACACUGAGAUAAAAUAGCUUUUUGUUUUUUGCAAUGAUACUGUGCCAGAUGAGGAGAUGUCUGUUGGAUCAUCUUUUCCUUAUUUUACCUCAAUAGCUUCAGAUGAAUUUCACUCCCUCUUAUUUAUGCUGAAGAUCCCAAUUUUUAAUAAUCGUUUAUGGACAUUAGUAUAUUUUCAUCAGUGCCACCCACUCCUGUCCUGAUACAUAUGAAGUAGCAUUGUUUUAAAGUUUCUUUAAGGCUGGAAUAAAGGGUUGAGUUUUCCACCUAAUUGAAAUUUAAAUCACAUAAUUUAAAAUUCCUAGGUUGACAUAAUCCAACUGAUUGGUGGUGUGAUUGCAUCAUCAGAAACCUAUGCUUAAGCAGCAUCUUACCGAUUUUAACUCUCUUUUCUGCUUUUACCAUUGUCUCCAUCCUGAUGUUUCUCUGAAUAGCUAAAUUCUUUAAUUUUUGAUUUUG